AUGGGCACACAACUAUUUAACAAAAUUUAUAUACUCUAUCAAAGCAAACACUUUCUCGUCGUAAAUAAACCGCCAGAUUUAUUAAUUAAUAGCAAUGAUUGUGAGAAGAAUACAGUUCAAACAAUAUUAAGACAUCAACUUCCAGAUUUGAGUAAUCCAAAGCUAACCCACGAAUUCUAUUUUGCUCAUCGGUUGGACUUUUCUACAAGUGGAAUCUUGUGCAUUCCACUGCACAAGAAAGCGUGUGCCUCGUUAAGUAAAUCAUUUGAAAAUCAAAAAUGCGAAAAGUAUUACAUUGCAAUUGUCAAUGGACACGUUGAGGGACAAGCACAUAGAGAUAUUAAUGUGGCAAUAGGAGAAGAUAUUCGAUAUGAAAAUACAAGCAAGAAAAUGUGCACAGAAUUUGAAUCUGAAUUUUGUAAGAAUUCUCGCAAAUCACAGACUCGUCUCACAGUCCUUGCAUUUGGAAUGUAUAAAAAGCAAAAAAUCUCCAAAGUUAUUCUCCAACCUAUCACUGGUCGACGCCAUCAAUUAAGACUGCAUUGCUCUUCAAUAGGACAUCCAAUUCUUGGUGAUUUUACUUAUGGUUCAAAAGAAGAUCAAAAAAUGUCACGAAUGUAUUUGCAUGCAAUAAGAAUAAUUGCUCCAAAUGAUUUUGAAAAUCUCCAUAUUCAAACAGAUGAUCCUUUCGAUGAUGAUAAGUUUAAUUUUCAAACACAUUUAACACCAAUGGUAUAGAUUUAAGUUAUUAAUUUAUAUUCUUAUACAAAAACUA